CCCCCUCCCCCUGAGCAGCCCUUUGAAUCCCUGGCCCCCCAGCAGCUGGCUUGUUUGCCUUCUCCUUCCCUCCCUCCUCAGGGGCUCGGGGGAGGAGGCAGUGGAGCAGGGAAUGGGGGAGAGGCGAGGAGGGCAGCGUGCUAAAGUAGAGAGAAGCUGAGAGGUGGGGAAGGCGGGAAGGUGACAGCCUCCUGGAAAAGGAAAAGCAGCGCAAGCCCCUCUGCUUUCUGCUGCUUCACCUUGGUGGAGGAUGUAAAAAUGCUGGACAAUAUCCAUGCUGCAAUCCUCGAGUCUGGCAAGAGCGUGUUCCCAACGCUCCCGAAGCUCACGGCGGAUGAAGUCUUUAGUAUUUGGGCCAAUGUGUCUGAAUUUGUGGAACGGCAUCUGUCAAUGAACAAGGGUGUCCAAAUACCAGGGCUUGGAACAUUCUCCUUUUUAAGACAAAAAUUAGAUGUCGGCAACAAUAAAUUUAUCCUUAUUCAAAGACCUGUGUUUCUUCUGUCUGAGAAACUAGCUCAGAUUCAUGGACUCAAACUUGCCAAAAUACACACUCCUGGUGAUAUCCCAAUUAUUCAACUGAACUUCAUCAUGUUAUCCCUGGAGGGUCCCUUUAACAGGGAGAUAGUGGAAGGAUGUGUAAAAGAGACCCUGCUUUUUUUCUCACGAUCCAUCGCUAUCAAACAGAAUGUUGAAUUCGCUUUCAAGGGAAUCGGAGUUCUCGUUAUCCGGGACAACAAAGUGAAAAUGAAAUUUUACAAAGAUUUCCUUCAAGCCAUGGAUGGCAGUGGCAAUCUGGUGAAAGCUCUUUCCAAUAGGCCUGGGACAGGCGAUUCAGUCAUUUCAGGCAGAGAAACUGCUAUGUCUCAGUCCCGUGGUUGCAGUGUUGUCAUGUUUCCAAGGAUUGAGUUGAAGGAAACAGACAACAAAGCAGCCAUGGAAACCAUCACAGAAGAACGUGAAAAGUCCAACAAAGAAAAGGAGCCAAUAGAAAAAGAGAGAACUCAUAGUAACAGUAGCAGUAAAAAAGAGAAUCUUCCCAUUAAGCGCCUUCUGUCCCGACAAUCUAUUGUUCCUGCCAAAGUAUCAGGGUUCAAUCUGACUGAUGAGCUGGAGAAGAACAUCAAGCAAAAGAAUGCCCCUGAAAGCGCAACAUCACCUGCUUCUCCGUGUUUCUCAAAGACUGAAACGGACUGCGGUCCCAACCUAAUUCAUGCUACCGGACCCAGAACUCCAUCCCCUCUUUGUCAAGAUCAUGGUAGGGCUGGACAGGAAAUGUGCUACCUGUGUAUGCAGCGUGCUCAGAGGAACAUCCCAGCGUACUUCAGCGAAGAGAGGCGGAGGAAAGAGCAGGAUGAUGACAGAAUAUUGGUGCAAUACCAAACUAUGAAAGACCAGGAGGCUCUUCAUAGGCAGCAGAUGAAGUUCUUGGCGAACAGAGAACAGAACCAAAAAAACGCUGCCUUUAAUCUAGGGGUGGCCGAAGCAAUGAGAAACCACAAGAAUGAAAAAUCCACAGAAUUUCAUAAAUCAUAUGUUUUCGUUAAACGGCCGCCCAGCCCUCCCCCAUAUGCCAAGCAAGAGGAGUAUUCACAAGACUUGUUGAAGCAAAUGGAGGAUAAGAAGGAGAAGGAGGCAAAACUAAAGCAGGACAAAGAGCUGAUGGAUCGGCUGGAACAAGUGCAGCUUGCGGAAGAGCUAGCUGCCCAAAGAGCUAAAUAUCUGAAGGGCAAGAUGGAAGAAAUGCAGUGCUAUAAGAGGGCCUUGGAUACACAGAUAAAGUUGAAGCCGAUACAGUUGCCGGUCUGUGAGCCUGACUCCGCAGAUCUCAUCUUUGGGAAGAGUGAUAUGACCAAUGAGAAGCUUGCAGAAAAAAGGCACCGAGCCCGGGAGUUCUACAAGCACCAGCUGCACUCCGCAGCACAGCAGAAGAGGACGGCUAUCCUCAAUCAGCUGGUGGAGCAGAGGAGAGAAGCUGACAUGCUGCAGAGAGCCAAGAGAGAGUGGAUUGCAGACAGAGGAGCGCAGUUUGAGAAAAUAUUCCAGAUGAAUUUAGCAAUGCAGGACGACUGGCAAAAAAGCGCUGGAAUGAAAAGGCUGAGGGAAGUUGACGAGAAGCUAUUUGAGCGUGCUGGGGACAAGCUUAUGCUACUUGACCAGUGCGAGAGAUACCGACGCUGUUUCCAGUGUAAGAGGCGCACGACCAACUGUGGGGAAUCCAAUGUGUGGUCAGAGUCUAGAUACGUUCCAGGAUCCCGGUUAAUGGUUUAAAGCAAGUUUUCACCUUAUUUUUGUUUUCUUCUUGGGGAUUUUUCCCCCCUGAAUGUGGUGAGCUAUGUCUCACAGCUCAAUGAAAAUUGCUCAAAAGAUUGUUGCUUUCGGACUUAGGUUUUUAUGAGAAUUAUGUUGAAUUAAACAAAGUUCCAAAGUAGUAA